GAGUAUUAAAAUAAAGCGUUCAAGAAAGUUUUUGCAUGAGUAUAUACCUUCAGAGCAGAGAAAAAAAUGAGUGUCUGACAAAAGCUCUCUCUGUUUGAAAACUUUCCCUCUGUUCAAGAAACCGAUCUGCUUGAUCGGAGUAUUAAGAAGAUCAAAGAAUUUGAAACAAAUGCUUCUACAAAGGGCUCACGAAGGGGAGACACUCCUCUGAAUGGUGAGCCAUCAAAUUCGUCUACUGAGGAUGUGGCGAUGACCAUCCAGAGUGUAGAUGAGGAACACCAAGACACUCCAAUGUCAGAAUCACAAAUACCAGCAACAUCACCGGUUCAUCAAUCACAAAACCCCUUAUCCUACAAGGAUAAACUCAUGGGGGAAGAGAACCCAGCCAUACUCUCCUUUAAUACCAUACCUAGUUAUAUGGAGGAAGAAUCAGAUGUUGAUGAUGAUCCAGAGGAUGACGCUCCGAUCGUCUUAUUAUCAAGAGCAAAAAAACGAAGAAUCCGAGAACCAUGGAUGAAUGCUAUCAUUAUCAAAGCUUUCCAUCCUAAACCUUUGGGCUAUAAUUAUAUUUUUCCUAGAGUCCAAGCUCAAUGGAAACCGAAUGGUAAGUGGGAUUUCAUUGAUCUCAGUUUUGACUUUUUUCUUGUUCGAUUUCAGGACAAUGAGGAUCUGAGCAGAGUUAUCAUGGGGGGUCCGUGGUUCAUUGGCCCUUACUAUCUUACCAUGAGGAGGUGGGAACCUAACUUUGAUCCGGAAGAGGCUAUUCGCACUACUACCACCACAGCUGUUUGGGCUGACUACUACGAUCCUACUACACUCCAGAAGAUUGGGAAUAAGGUAGGCCCUCUGCUCAGGGUUGAUGCUCAUACUGCACAUCACACUAGGGGCCAGUAUGCAAGGGUGUGUGUCCAAAUUGAUCUCGCACAACCUGCUGCCAAAUAUGUUAGAAUUGGAAAGAAAAAACAGAAGGUCAUUUACGAAGAGAUGAUUAAAGAAGCUGCCAAUCCUGUGCCUUUGUCAACCCAUGCCUCAAGCUCUACACCCCCCAGUGUUAAGGCCGUGACCCCCCCUUCCACCCCAAACUCCAUUUCGCAGACAUUUGAUAUUAGCAAAUCCUUUGAUAAGGAUAAUUAUGGCCCCUGGCUGCUGGUGGAGAGGCGCAGAUCCAAAAGGAGACCUCUUCCAAACUCGUUGACGGUGGAGAAGAUACCGUCAAAUCCCAAAGCAAAGAACGGUAAUGUUCUCAGUGCUUUAAAUGCUGAUCUAUCUUCAAAGCAAAGCUUAACGGUCCAAAAAGCCAAAGCCCCACUAGUGGAUUUUUCCAAACCAGAACCCAAAACCCAACAAUGGGUCAACAAAACCUCUAAUAAGGCACAAGGCCCACCCAAGAGCAUCACCAUACAAGAGCCCAAAUCCAAGUCAAAGAACUCUCCUACCCAAGCCUUACCCACUCAUCAGAGUAUUGCCUCCGAACCUAAUCCUGGUUCUGUAACUCAAAAGCUUUCUAUCCCUCAUCAAGACCCCACUAUUAGCUCUCUUAUUUCGGUUCAGCCUAAUCCUAUUACCCCUGUUCACUCUACCUCCACCAGCACCUUUGGAAUUAAUCCCCAAACCCCACUCUCGCAAAACUCUACCCAACCUUUGCUUAACCAUGGAUCUGUCUCAAAUUCUGCAUCUAGAUCUGAAAACCCAAAUGUUUCUGGUAAAGGAACGAUUGACCGUUCGGAUGGAGACAGCUGUGGAGUGGAUACUGGAUUGCUCAUCCCCCAAGGGAUCCAAAUGGUCGCUGAAUCAAUUGUUCACAGCGUGGAGAGCCCCCAUUCUCACGGACAUGGAGAUGAACCUCCCAGAGAUGGCUCACUUGAUCCCCCUCAGCCGAGGAAAAUUUAGAUUUAAAAGAGUCAUGUCAGAUU